AUGAUGGGCAGCCACAAUGUGUUGAUACCCCGCGACACAGCUUACAACUCGUCGGUCGGCUCGUAUUUCAGUCUCAAGAACGCAGAGACCCGCCCGGCCUGCGUUGUCAUUCCCGAGUCAUCUAAUGAUGUCUCGAUCGCGGUGAGAUCUCUCACUCGGGGCUUUGAGCUGCGUAAGAACCAUUGCAAGUUUGCCAUCCGCGGCGGCGGGCAUACUCCCUACAAGGGAGCCGCAAGCAUCAACAACGGAGUCUUGAUCAACCUGGCUCGUCUUCCGGCCUCCGGUGUCUCAUCAGAUCGAAAGACCAUCGUCGUGAGCCCCGGCCAGACUUGGGAUCAGGUCACUGAGCAACUUGACCCAUACGACCUUAGCACCCUGGGCGCUCGAGUCGCCGGUGUUGGUGUGGGCGGUGCAGUCCUCGGCUGCGGUACCUCGUUCUUCUCGCCUCGCUAUGGCUUCAUUUGCGACCUGGUUGAAGACUUCGAGGUUGUCCUCGCCAGUGGUGACAUCGUUCAUGCGAACGAGCAAGAGAACAAGGACCUGUGGAAAGCCCUCAGAGGCGGCGCAAACAACUUCGGGGUCGUCACGGCCAUCACCAUGCAAGCGUUCCCCCAGGGAAAGUUCUGGGGAGGCCAGACGUUCCACGAUAUCUCAACCCGCAAGGAGCAUUUCAAGGCACAUGCGGAUCUCGCAUCGAUGCAACCGUACGACCCCUACGUGCACUACAUCAACAACCUCGUUCUCAGCAACGCCACCAGAAGCUGGUUUAUUGGCAACAGCUUGCAGUAUACCAAGAGCGCCCCACCUGUCAUCGAGCCGGCUGUCUUCAAGCCUUUUCUCAACAUCGCUCAGAAGCCGCUAUUCCCAGGUGGCCCAACCAACACUCUUCGCGUCGACAACGUCACAUCAGUCUCUCGCGAGUACGCCGCGUUGGCGACAUACCCAAAAAGAUGGCUGUUCGCCACCGUCAGCUUCGCACCUUCCGAGGAAAUGAUGGAAGAAUUCUUCCAAAUGGCCAACAAAACCUUCCAGCGUUACCUGGAUCUCGGUGGCUUCUCAGUUGCCAUGGCCCAUCAGCCAGUUCCAUCCGUCAUGGCCGAGCGCCGUGGGGCAUUGGACUCUAUGGGCCCCAUCCAGACGGAAGGCAACCUCAUCUACAUCCACCUGGCAGUCUCUGUCGACGGCGAUGAGGGGUUUAGCGAUGAUAUCAUUGAGCAGGCAGUGAAAGACCUGGUCGAGGGUGCCGAGCGUAAGGCAAAGGAGAUGGGUGUUUACCGCAACUACCUGCAGGCGACCUACGCUGAAAGUUGGCAAAGCCCGCUGCUUCGUCGUAGCCCCAGCACGUUGGAGGAAAUGAUUGCAACAAGCCGGAAGUAUGAUCCCAAGCAGGUUUUCCAGAGACAGGUUCCGGGCGGAUUCAAGCUGCCUCGGGGAGUUGGUCUGCAGGAGGAGCUGUGA